AUGCCGAAGUACAAAUGCCCCUAUCCAGACUGGGAAUACGAGACAGAAGAAGCUGAGGACCAACUCGCAGCUGUAUUAUUACAAUCCACUCGACUGGCGUUCACAAUAACAACCAAGCGACAAACACACCCACGGGCAUCAACGCCGCGGCGAAGAUUAAAAAGGUCAGACGGCCAACCAUAUCCGCUGACGGGUCCAGCGUCACCAGAAACGCUGGCGGCACCCUCACAAACAAACCCAUCGACGACGUCAUGGCUGCCAUCGGCGAACUCGCUGUACGAGAGGAAAAUACGAUGGUGGCCCGAAUCAACACACAACGCCAGAACAGUUGGAAUCGCCAACAGCGACAUUCAACUAGACUUGGUCAGCGAUAAAAAUCAAAAUAGGACACUGGAGGAGGCAUUUCUGUUCAUAGAAGCCAAAGAAGCCUUCAGAAGGGCAAACAUUGUGUAUCUUUAUAAAAUAUCUUUUAGUAAAAGUCUAUAUUCAAAUUAUAAUGGGAAAAGGGAUCACUGUGCUGUUUAUGGUUGUGAUAACGAUAGAAGAUAUCCUGAAAAAUAUAUCGUUUUCGAUCACGUUGGUAUUCUUCGCUUUUUUUCUCCGAAAAACGCGAAAGACAAGAGUGCUUGGCAAAAGCUGAUCAACAGGAAAAACUUCAAAGUCACUGCUAAUACGAAGGUUUGUUCUAAUCAUUUUCUUGCUGGUUAUCGAUCCGAGGGCUGUCCCAAUCCAACUUUGUAUCUAAAGGAUACCAAUCAAAAGAAACCAGUUGAUGUUAAAACGUUGAAAAGAAAUUUAUUUAUUGAACAAGCUAUUUGCCAGAAGAAUUGCUACCGCUACACUGGAUUGUCACUAGAAAAGUUGAACUUAGUUUUCAGUUUGAUUGAAGAGAAAGCAAAGAGUCUAAGGUAUUGGAGAGGUUCUACUGAUACAGCCACUGCCCAGUCUAUUAAAGAGGGCAUGUCUCGAGUAUUGACACAUUGGGAAGAAUUCAUUCUUACUCUUGUCAGGACACGAAAAGGAUUUGAUGUCAUGUUUGCUGAUACAUUUUCUGUUUCAGCUAGUCAUGUUUCCCGGAUUUAUACAACUUGGGUUAAAUUCCUGUCUAACGAGCUUUCAUUCCUUGUGCCUUGGCCAAGUAAGUCUGAAAUCAAAGAGAAACUACCAAGGCGAUUCAGAAAUUUUAAAAACUUAAGGAUAAUUAUUGAUUGCACAGAAUUUUUUAUACAAAAACCUAAGAUACCUGGGAGCCAGAAAAUCUCAUGGAGCAGCUAUAAGCAUUGGAGCACUGCAAAACUCUUAGUUCGCAUUACCCCUACUGGUAUUUUUUCCUUCAUCCCACCCCUUUGGACUGGUUCAAUAUCUGACAAGGAAAUUGUCACCAACUCUGGUCUCAUAAACUUGCUGGAAAAAGGAGAUGGUGUCAUGGCUGAUAAGGGAUUCCUUGUUAGAGAUCUACUUGUGGUUAAGAAGUUCACCUUAUUUCUCCUGCCUAUUGUCGUGGACCAAGACUUUCCUCUCGUGGAACAACUCAUACUCGGCGUGUGGCAUCAUUAA